AAAAUCAUUUAUUUUAGUUAAUUAUUAAAUUGUAUAAGAACUUAAGAAAAUAACAGUAUUUUAUUUGUAUAAGUAAACUUGGCAGCAUUCCACUAUCAUGGGCUGCCAAGUUUACAGCUCAUAGUAUUGCCAAAUUAUAAAAAUACCUAAAAAUCCGUUAAUUCAAAUAUAUUUUAUAAUAUUUUGUUUUGAUAAAAAUACAAUUUGAUAAUAUGACCGAAUAAAUUGGAUAAUAUGAUCGAAUAAAUAAAAACUAUUAUCGAAAAAUCUCAGCAACUUAGUAAACGACUUUAUGGAAAAUAUUAAAAAUGUUUUUGUAAAAUUUUAUUCGAAGAAAAAACAAAAACCCCUAUACAGUUAUCGUGUAACUAUUUGGUUAUCGUUUUAUAACCACAACUAACAGAAUUCUUAAAUAAGUUUUCAUAUUUUUUAUUUUUAAUACACAUUUCAAACACUCCCUUAGCAAUUUUCAAAAAAAAAAAAUAAUAGAUCUUGUAGCUUUCAAUUUAAGACUAGAGAACACAACAAACCCAGAAUGUUUCGUAAACAUACAGCAAGAAUAAGUUGUCCACAAUCUAUUAAAUCUGAUUCCCUCAAAAGUUCUAGAGAAGAUGAAACAACUUCGUGUAAUGAGGAACUUAAUUUUGAUUCAAUUUAUCAAACAAUUUCACAGCUUGAACAUUAUUUAAUAGAAGAUCAUAGAGAGGAUUAUAAAUUACGCAUGGCUUUGGAUAGACAAACCGAAAGAGUUUUGGACCUGCAGGUCUGUUUAAGAAAUGAAAGACAAAGGAAUAAACGUUUGGUAGAUUUAAUAUUGUCCGUAGACAAAUGGCCUUCAGAGGAAGAGGAUGAAGGGGAAGAUAACAAAAUAAAAACGAAAUUUGUAAAUGAAUGUUGUGCAACCAUAAGUCCACUAUUAAUGCAACAAAGACAUGAAGAUCUAAUUUCCUCUUACAAUAUAUGCCGCAAACAAUUAUUAAAUUAUGACAAAGAAUUAAAAAUCCAUAAAUGUGAACUUGAAUUAUUGCAGUCGAAUUAUGAUAAACUCUUAUAUGAAUACAAACAAUCACAAAAUCGUUUAGAGAGAAUUUACCAACAUUAUUUGCGCUCAAAGCGAAUUAAAAAUCAUAAGAAUAUCUACAAGAAGCCCUAAAUUAUGCUACAAAUUGUUUACUAACAGCCCAGCAGAUUUUAGAAUCCCUGACGGCUUCUUCUAAUCAAGAUUUUAGAUUAUUUAGACAAGAUUUUCAACAAAAUUUACAGUUAUAUUUUAAUUGUUUACUCUUAAGUGAGUGGAGACAUUGUAAAUGUCAUUUAAAUUCGAAUAAAAGAACUUAAAAUAUUUGCUAUCCAGGAA